GAAUUUGAGGGCUGGGCAUGUAGAAUAGUUCACACAUAUAAAGGCGGAUUAUCCAUUUCUUCAUGUCGUUCACCACCAUCACUCAAAUACAGCAAGCAUUACUAGACCACCAUGGACCAGAAAUCAGUAAAAGACGUAGCCCAAGACUUGGCGACUAAGUUUGUCUCUCUCGACAAGGUCGAAUUUGACUCCGCUAUCAACCAAUACUUCGAUGCCAAUUGCAAGCAAACCUCACGCCUCGCAGAAGUCCAAGGAGUCUCCAGGAUAAAAAAGCUGGCCGCUUUGGAAGCCGCAGUUGCUUCCGACUCUCACUUGGCAGGGAAUGUCAAUUAUGAUCCCAAAGACGAAACCAUCAGGUUUUCUUGGGAACGCACAUUCAGACCUCCGGCUAUUCCUUCGGUCAUUCCUCUUUCUCACUGGGCCAAUCAUCAUCUCGAAAAGGUUGCACUCAAGUCCACAUGGGAUUCACAGUUGCACAUGAACGCUGCACGUGAUGAGGAGGGCGAGACGAAGCUGUACGUGACAAAAGUAGGGCCUACAAAGAGAAGGGAUACGACUUGGUUUGAGGACAUUCUCCCAUUCUUUCUUAUCCGCCCAAUUAUAAGCUUCUUCUUCAUCCUUGCGUCCGAUGUCUAUAGCAUCAUCUCCAGACAUCCUGUCGCCGAAGAAGGCCAGCUAGAAGCUUCCCUGUCAAUCGUCUCAGAGUUAUUCGGUUGUGAUACCUCUGUAGACAAAGGCAUUGCCGCCAAGAGGAUAAUUACUUGGCCAGUCUAUUUCCUAUUCGGUUUGUUCGGCCUCUUAAUCAGUUCCGUCCAGUCCAGCAUACACUUCGUCCACGACACUCUGCAUCUCGACAGCAACCCUAUUGCUCAGCUUGUGUCUGUUUUCGAAGAUUACGCUCUCCGCUUAUUUAACAUCAUCUACCCCAAUGUUCGGCACAUUGUACUCUCUUCUGUCAAUGUCGCGGAAAACACUGCUAAAGCAUAUGGCGUACCAGCGGAGGAGUAUCAUGAACUUGCUGAGAGGAAAGUAGGAGAGGCUGUGAAAUGGCUUGGGAGAGCCACCGAAGCACAAAGCUCUCGGAAUGAGGCAUCAGGGACCCGCCGUAACCCCCAGGCUCCUGGGGCUCCUUCUUAUGCCGAAGCUGUGAAGGAGUAGAUUGAUGAUCAAAGCAAUUCGACAUUAUGAAGCCCCAUGAGUAGACUAUUACGCUACCAUGACAAGUAGAUGUAGUUUUAGGAAAGUCUGAACAACACCAUGUAUGAUACAAGUGAUGACUGAUAAACAAAUGUUUUAU